AUGUCGAGUGAGGUUUCACACCAGUCAAAUAAGCGCUCGAUUUCAUCUACCAUAGCGAGUUUUUUCAAGAAAGACUCUCCGGUGGAUUACCAUAGUACUGAUGAUAUAAAACCAAGCUCAAUAACGGCUGAUUUUGAAGGUGUAGACACCACAGAUUUGCCAUCUGUGCCCGAAUUAUUGUUAUUUGAAUCCAAAAAUGGGACAAGGCCUUUUUUGCUUCCAAUAAUGCCGCUAGAAAGGCUCAAAAUUUUACGUCAGAAACAAUAUCUGCGACAUCUCCAAGAUUCACAACUUGGUCAGGUUACAGCAGGUUUCAAUCCCAACACAACCACGAAACUAGCAGAAAACCAACUGAUUCCAUUGAGGUCUUUGAAAAGGAGGUCUUUGAAUGCAGUGGAACGUUCAAAACAUUCACUCAGGAAGCCUAAAUUUGCGAAAGAGACCAGUUUAGGGAAACGAUGGAAUGCCGAUUUUGAAUACGAUCUAUCAGAGUAUGAUACCGUUAAAAGACCCAAAAUAGCCGCAUCAGUAGGCAUUGAUGAUCCAACGUCAAGUUUAGAAUCCCCUAGACUCUCGCCAUCAGUCCUGAAACGCGGCACGAUGGGUGGAAAGAGAACAAUGUCGAAUGGACUAACCAAAACAGAGGAAAAUAUACUCAAUGGGAAGUCAUUGACAGAUCUAACCUCUACUAGUGUCUCCGACGCAAAAACUUUACCCCAGUGUAAAGGUCCGCAAACGUCUACCACAAAGCCAUUAUUAGCUUUACCAAGUUCAGGGUUUGAUUUCGUAAAGCCACAGGAAAGCGGAGAUGCAAAGGGCAAAGAUAGCCUCAAAUCUGACGAUCGAAAGCCUAAAGUACAAAUUAGUCUAGAUCAGAAGCCAGAUUCAGAUUCGGCCAAAAAACCCUUUUCUUUCAAGAGAACAUCUCCUAUCGAGGGAGGUAUCAAUCCUGCUGAAAGUAAUGGUGUCAAAAAUCCAAGUUCUAGCUUAUUUUCAUUUGGCGCUAAGAAUGACAAACAGUCGUCGACGACAGUCGAAAAUGAAAACGAGACGAAAAAGCCAAUAUCAUUUAAUUUUGGGAAUACGACGAAUGAUCAAAAGCAGAAUAAUCCGAAAGCAGCUUUUAAUCUCAACCCUGCUUUACCAGGAAAGCUUUUCAACAGAACCGAACCUAGUCCAGAUCAUAAAGAAAUUUCGUCAACGGACGAAAUUCUUCCUCCGCCCAAAAAUAGCUUCACUUUUCGAUCCGCUGCAAACAAAUCGGAGGCUAAUGUUAAUGCUGCAACCGUACCGAAAGCGAGCGAUUCUACAGCCUCCAAGCCAGCAUUUACAUUUGGGACUGAACAGACCGCCAAACCGACUUUCGAUUUUGGGUCCAAAAGCUCUUCAACGACGCUUAAAGGUCCCGAGCCCGAGUCAGAGUUGACAUCUCGAUCAGCGGCCAAUCUUCUAUCUACAACCGGUGCUUCUAAGAGUGGCGAUGCACAGGAUGGCAAAAAGGUCCCAUCUUUCACUUUCGGCUCAACAAGAAACACAGAGGACCUCGGUAAGGAAAAGUCUUUCACAUUCGGUGGUGAAGAGAAAAGCGGGGGUUCGAAUACGGGCAAGCCAUCCACAGGCUUCACUUUUGGAGUUCCCAAGCCACCUGUAGACUCAUCGAAGCCUGCUGCUUUUUCUGGGUUUGGUGUCGGUAAUAAAUCUGAAUCUGCACCUCCCGAAAGCACAUCCACAGCACAAAAGCCCUUGUUUUCACUCAAAACGUCUUCAGAGGAGCAUAAUGAAACAAAUCAGAAUCCCGCUGCUGGUUCAUCAAGCUCAAUUCCCGCUAUAGAGCCUAAAAAAUUUAGUUUUGGUCCUACUACAGGGGAAGACAAAUCUGCCACGCCGUUCAGUUUUGGGUCCAACGCGGAAAGCAAGCCGCCUACACCAUCAUUCUCUUUCGGUAGCGGAACCCAGGCUAAUGCUGGGCCCUCAUCGACUGGAGGCAUUGGCUUCAAGUUCGAUACAAGCGGUUUCAAGCAGAGCGCCAAUCAAAAUGAUCAAUCUAAAAAUUCUCUUCCAGUUGGAUCGAGCCUUGGAGCAGCCAAGCCGUCGUUCAGCUUUGGAAGCAAUAGUUCAUCAGUUGCAGCACCACAACCGCAGCAAAACACUUCCACCUUGGUACAGCCUCCUCAAAAUAACGGAUUUAAUUUCGGUUCUGGAUCGAGUACGAGUAACAAUUCUCCGGCUUUUGGGGCAAGCGCCAACAACCAGCAAAUGGGUUUCAAUUUCGGAGCUGGAAACACAACCGCGUCAUCAACACCACCGCCGUUUGGGGCAUCCAACCCCAGUCUGACAGCAAUGAACCCUCAGAGUAGGCCGUUCAGUCCCUCUAACACCAUCAACAUGAAUUUUGGAGGUGUCGCAUCUCAGCCUCCCAGCUCAAUUUUUGGAGGAGCUGCAGGAACACCAGCGCAGGCUUUUGGCGGGCAGGCGCUGGGCACGACGGGUUCUUUUGGGGGUGGGGGCGUUAAUCAAAAUCCACUUCAAGUAUUUGGAGGGCGAAACGUGGGCGAUGUAUCUCAACAACAGGGUCAAACUCCUAUGUUGAAUCUUCCUCCAGGUAGAAAGCUUGCGAGAAUGAGGGCAAGAAGAAACUAA